CGUUGCGCUGCUUCAUGCUUCACACAACCAUUUUUUGCGGGACGGUAUGAUAACUUUUUUAGUUUUUGCGUGAUUUCACUAAGAUUUUUGCAUAAAAAUCUAUAAAAAUUGUUGAAUAAUUGUAAUAUAAGUUAAAAGUGGUCAUUCUUGUUUCAUUUCACAUUAACAAUUUGAAGAACUUGACAAUUUGAAACAAGAAAAGACAGAAUCAGACAUGGAAGAAGACUAUGCAUCUUCUUCGGCCGGCAAACAAUCGGCGGCCAAGAAAGUUGGUAAAAUGCACAAUACCCUACCACUAUGGGGUAAUGAAUCUACCAUGAAUUUAAAUCCCCUGAUCUUGGCCAAUAUACAGAGUUCUAGCUACUUUAAAGUGCAUUUGUUCAAAUUGAAAACCUAUCAUGAAGUGGUUGACGAGAUUUAUUAUCAAGUUAAGCAUAUGGAACCGUGGGAGCGUGGCUCCCGCAAAACCAGCGGCCAAACGGGCAUGUGUGGCGGAGUUAGAGGAGUUGGUGCCGGUGGCAUUGUAUCCACUGCCUAUUGUUUGUUAUAUAAAUUGUAUACCUUACGUUUGACUCGAAAACAGGUUAAUGGCUUGAUCACACACACAGAUUCCCCCUAUAUAAGGGCAUUAGGUUUUAUGUACUUGCGUUACACCCAACCCCCGGGUGAUUUAUAUGAUUGGUAUGAAGAUUAUCUCCAGGAUGAAGAAGAAAUUGAUGUAAAAGCCGGUGGCGGCCAGGUCAUUACAAUCGGCCAAAUGGUCUAUCAGUUUUUAACCAAAUUGGAUUGGUUUUCCACGUUGUUUCCUCGCAUACCUGUACCCAUACAAAAACAAAUUGAAAAGAAGCUUGAACAGUAUUGCAGAGAAAAUGGAGUAACUCUAUAUCAGCUUAGUUCAGCGGGUGGUGCAAAUACGGGAACUAAUGCUCGUACCACCACCACCGCCACAAAUGACUAUGAAGAUGGUGAAGAAAAAUAUGAUGGCCGUGGCCGUUCCGCUGCAUACUCCAGUCGGGAGCCUCCACCUCCUCCCACCUAUCAUCGGGGAGAGCAUGAUGAUCGUUUGGAUUAUCCACGUGACUAUGAUCGUCAUCGUGAACCUAAAUCCUCAAAACGUUAUGAGCGUAACUCUUCGCCCGAAAGUGUCUACCGUGGUUCGAGUCGAGAACGUGAACGUUAUAGAGAGAAACACAAGAAGAAGCACAAACACAAGCAUCGUUCACGUUCCAGGUCACGAUCACGCUCCCGUAGUCGUUCUUAUACAAAACAUCAUUCCGAUCGCAAACGAUCUGAACGUGAUCAUCAUUCACAUUCACAUCGUUCAAGGGGCUAUGCCGGUGAUGAUUAUGCCGAAGAUAGUAGACGUUAUAGAUGAAAUGGAAAUAAUAUUUGCCGCCAGUUGACUCAUUAUUUUUUAAGUAUCUUAAUAGUCAAAUAAGAAUAUUUUUCAAAUUUUGUUUUUAUGUUUCUCUUUUACGUUUUUUUUUUUCUCUCCAACAUUUUAUAAAUAUUUCAUGAUUUUCAUUGUUUCUACUACUCCAAACUACCUCAUUUCUCCGAAAACUUUGGCUUUCCGAUUCGUGGAAAGCAAUACUGUUGUGGAAUGCUUUUGGAAUAUAGGGUAGCCUUAGCAAUUCUUUUUUUUUUUAAUAUAAUAGGGCCAGCGAGCAACAACACUAACUAGCACAAGAUAUUUUUAAACACGUUAUUACAACUUUAAGCUACUACUACUAUUGAAAACUUUGUUAUUUAAACUCAGGUGAAUUAAUUGAAAGAUUAUUAAAGAGAA